AUGGCGGAUCGCGGAUCCUUCGGGCUGGGCCCUCGAUUAGACAUCCAACAACUUUUUAAUGAAGCACAACAUCGAUGGUUGCGUCCUGCUGAGAUUUGUGAGAUCCUGCGUAAUUACCAGAAAUUUCAUAUUUCAACAGAACCUCCAAACAAGCCAGCAAGUGGUUCUCUUUUUCUGUUUGACCGGAAGGUGUUGAGAUACUUUAGGAAGGAUGGACAUAACUGGCGGAAGAAAAAGGAUGGAAAAACUGUGAAGGAAGCUCAUGAGAAGUUGAAGGUUGGAAGUGUUGAUGUGUUACACUGUUAUUAUGCACAUGGCGAGGAGAAGGAAAGUUUUCAACGGCGCAGCUAUUGGAUGCUUGAACAGGAACUGAUGCACAUAGUUUUCGUGCACUACUUGGAAGUUAAGGGUAACAGGACACACAGUAGUCCAUCAAACAGCCUUGUGAAUCACAACAGAGAGCCAUCUGGAAAUACUGAUUCAGCUAGUCCAAGUAGUACUCUAUCAUCCUUGUGUGAAGAUGCUGAUUCAGCUGAUAGUCACCUAACAACUGGGGGCUACUCACUCGUUGGGCCACCACAAUUACAGAAUAGUGUUACUAUGGACAAAUUGGAUGUUGGCUCAUCAAGUUCUCAUCUGUCAUAUUCUGGUCUAGUUCAUGGAGGAGGCUCUGCUGCAUUUCACGUUCAUGGAGGUGGAUUUGGCACUAAUGACAGUGGUUCAAACAUUAUUGAUUCACAAGGGCUAGCAUCCUGGGAAGAGGUCUAUCAGCAAUCUUCAAGGGGGUUUGAUAAUGCGCCUUUGCAUCCAUCACUUAGUUCCCCACAACUUGGUAAUUUUGGCAUUGGAGGAAAUUUGAUGAGUUUACCCAGUGGGAGCACUGCCAAAGCUAACGUACAAUCAACUUGGCAGAUCUCUGCAGGGGACAGUUCCUUGCACUUUCCUGUUGGAAGCGUAGACCCAACACUAGAUUCGGAAUUGGCAUAUGAUUUUGGAAGUAGGUUAUUUGAUCAGAGAACGCAAGACUUUGGUACACAGAAUACAUUGGAACCAUACUUUACUGAGUCUCUUCAGCAAUCUGAACAGCUUUUACAGAACAAUCUCCAAAUGGAGCUCCUAAAUGCAGAACUGCACUAUGCUACUGGCUCAAAUUCUGUUGUUGAGGGAACUGCUGAAGGAAUUGGCAGAUAUACUUUAAAAGCAAAAAAACCCUUGUUGGGUGAGGAAGAAGGCUUGAAGAAAGUUGACAGCUUUUCUCGAUGGGUUAGUAAGGAACUUGGGGAAGUGGAUGAUCUGAAUAUGAGGUCAUCACCUGGCAUUGCAUGGAGCAAUGUUGAAUGUGGAAAUGUAGGUGAUGAGUCUGUCUUGAGUCCCUCUUUGUCACACGACCAGCUUUUCAGUAUAAUGGACUUUUCACCCAAGUGGGCUUAUGCAGACUCCGAGACAGAGGUUCACAUUGUUGGCAUGUUUUUGAAGACUCAAGAGGAGGUGAAAAAGUGUGAGUGGUCUUGCAUGUUUGGAGAAGUAGAGGUUCGAGCUGAGGUUUUGGCUGAUGGGAUUCUUUGUUGCUUUGCUCCACCUCAUGAUGUUGCUAGGGUCCCUCUUUAUGUUACAUGUUCAAAUAGGGUGGCUUGCAGUGAAGUACGAGAAUUCGAUUAUCAUGUGAAUUCAGUAAGAGAUAUUGACAUAAGAGAUGUUUAUGGUGGUAAUGCUACUGAAAUGUGGCUUCAUCUACGACUUGAGAAGUUAUUGUCAUUCAGAGCAUCCAUGGAGACAAGUCAUACCCUUGAUAUUGCUGGAGCAAAGCAGAAGCUAGUUCGGAAAAUCAUGCUGCUGAAGGAGGAAGAUGAAAAUUACCAGAUGACGGAAGCAACCUCAGAGGAAAAUCUGUCUCAGGUCGAAGUGAAAAAGAAACUUCUCCAUAAGCUCAUUAAAGAGAAGCUUUAUUCGUGGCUUCUUCAUAAGGUUACAGAAAGUGGCAAGGGACCAUGUGUUCUGGACAGUGAUGGACAAGGUGUGAUACAUUUAGCUGCUGCCCUUGGUUGGGACUGGGCUAUAAAGCCGACUGUGGCUGCUGGAGUUAGCAUCAAUUUCCGUGAUGCUAAUGGAUGGACUGCUCUUCAUUGGGCUGCAUACUGUGGCAGGGAGCAAACAGUUGCAGUCCUUGUCUCACUGCAUGCAGCUCCUGGGGCAUUGACAGAUCCGUCUCCCGAGUUUCCUUCUGGUAGAACUGCAGCUGAACUGGCCUCUGGCAAUGGAAACAAGGGCAUUUCUGGUUUCCUGGCAGAGUCAUUUUUGACCAGCUACCUAUCAACUCUCACAGUGAAGGAACAACAGAAAGAAGAUGUGCAGCAGGGGGAAAAAGUUGUGCAGACAAUAGAAGAGCGAACAGCUACUCCUGUGAGUGGGAAUGAUGUUCCAACGGAUGCACUAUCACUGAAGGAUUCCCUUACUGCUAUACGCAAUGCUACACAAGCUGCUAAUCGGAUAUAUCAAGUAUUCAGGAUGCAGUCGUUCCAGCGGAAACAAUUGAGUAGUAGUAAUGAGCAUUUUGAAGAAAGUGAAAGUGAUGAAUUAUUUUGUUUAUCAGAUGAGCAUGCCCUGUUAUCCCUCCUGACCCGCAGCAAACCGCCACGGUAUUCAGAUGGAAUGGUUCAUGCUGCUGCUACACAGAUCCAAAAGAAGUUCCGUGGUUGGAAGAAGAGGAAGGAGUUUCUGAUUAUCCGACAGAGAAUCGUUAAAAUCCAGGCCCAUAUCAGAGGACAUCAGGUGAGGAAACAGUAUAGAACAAUCGUUUGGUCUGUGGGAAUCUUGGAGAAGAUCAUCUUGCGGUGGAGACGUAAAGGUAGUGGAUUGCGUGGAUUCCAACGCCGUGAUCCAAUGGCAGAGGAGGAUUCUCCUCUACAAACUGUGCCUCCUCCAAAGGAGGAUGACUACGAUUUUCUCAAGGAAGGAAGGAAACAGAACGAGGAAAGGGUACAAAAAACUCUGACUAGAGUAAAAUCCAUGUUUCAUGAUCCCAACGGGCGUGCGCAGUACAGAAGGCUACUCACUGUUGUCGAAGGACUGAGGGAAAAUCAUCAGGCAUGUGAUAUGAUUCUGAACGACCACCCUGAUGAAACGGCGGAAGGCGAUGAGAGCUCUGAGUUGUUAGAUUUCGGCUCACUUUUGGAUGAUGAUACCUUCAUGUCUCUAGCAUUCGAGUAA